UAAUGUGUUUAAAAUAUGCACAUGAAAAUGAAUGUCCAUGUGAUGACAAAACAACCAAGGUCGCUGCUGAAAAUGGACAUAUAGAAUGUUUAAAAUAUGCUCACGAAAAUGGAUGCCCAUGGGAUGAAAAUACAACAAGGGUUGCUGCUGCUAAUGGGUAUUUAGAAUGCUUAAAAUAUGCUCACGAAAAUAGUUGUCCAUGGGAUGAAUCUACGACAUAUGCAGCUGUAGAUUAUGAUAAUAUGGAAUGCUUAAUAUAUGCUAAUGUACAUGGAUGUAAAUGGCAUAAUGAAGUAACAAAGUUAGCAGCUGAAAUUGGUCAGUUAAAACAAUUAAAAUAUGCACACGAAAAUGGAUGUCCAUGGCAUAACGAUACAACAAGAACUGCUGCUGUAAAUGGACAUUUAGAAUGUUUAAUAUAUGCUCACGAAAAUGGGUGUCUUUGGAGUGAAGGCACUAUAUUAGUUUCUGCUAUAAAUAAUUAUCCAGAUUGUUUAAUAUAUGCCCAUAAAAAUGGAUGUCAAUGGGAUGAAGGAACUACAAUUGAAGCAGCUAAUAAAGGUAAUUUAGAUAUUUUAAUAUAUGCUUAUGAAAAUGGAUGUGUAUGGGAUGAUGGUACACUUAGAGCUGCUGCAGGAGGAGGUGAUUAUAAUUGUUUAAAAUAUGCUUACGAAAAGGGUUGUAGUUGGGAUAAGUUUACGGCGAGAGCUGCUGCAGCAAGUGGCAGUUUAGACUGCCUAAAGUAUGCUCAUGAAAAUGGAUGCCCAUGGGAUAAAACAACAACAGAAGCGGCUGCUGAGUAUGGGCAUUUAAAUUGUUUAAAAUAUGCUCAUGAAAAUGAAUGUCCAUGGGAUAAUAAUACAACAGAAGAAGCAGCUAAAAAUGGACGUUUAGAAUGUUUAAAAUAUGCACAUGAAAAUGGAUGUCCAUGGAAUAAAUAUAUAACAUAUUAUGCUGCUUCAUCGGGAUAUAUAAGUUGUUUGAAAUAUGCUCACGAAAAUAGAUGUCCAUGGGAUGACCGCACAAUUAGUGCUGCUGCUUCACAAGGUAAUAUUAUAUGCUUGAAGUAUGCUCAUGAAAAUGGAUGUCCUUGGUUUGAAGGUACAACAAACAUUUUUGCUGCGAAAGGACAAUUAGAAUAUUUAAAAUAUCCACAUGAAAAUGGAUGCCCAUGGAAUGUUAUGACAACUAGAUCUGCAGCUUUAGAAGGUAAUUUAGAUUGUUUAAAAUAUGCCCACGAAAAUGGAUGUCCGUGGGAUGAAAGAACAUCAAUAUCUGCUGCUGCAAAUGGACAUUUAGAAUGUUUAGAAUAUGCACAUAAAAAUGGAUGUCCAUGGGAUGUAAACACAACUAAAGCAGCAGCACAAAAUUGUAGUUUGGAAUGUUUAAAAUAUGCACACGAAAAUAGAUGUCCAUGGGAUGAAAGCACAACUAGAGCUGCUGCAGAAAGAGGAUGUUACAAAUGUUUAUUUUAG